AUGCCUGAGAAUACAUCCAAAAGUAAUCCAAAUUUUAGUCGAACAAAACAACUACAGCUGGAUGGUAAGAAUAUUCAAAGUGGUGACGUGAAAGUGGCGCUUCCGUCAAAUGAUCCACAACAAACUACCACUGCAACUACCCCAUCUACAGCAACUAUGAAGAAACAGCUGGUGGAAACUAGUGAUACUCCUAAGGAAGAACAUUCUUCCACUUUUAAACUUCCAAAACAAGCAUUAAUGAAUUCAGAUAUCAAGCAUAAUAGUGAUUCAUCAGUAUUAAUUCUGGCUAAUAAUUCAGGUUCUGGCCAAUCACCUUUGCAUUUGCCAACAACACAACUACAACAUCAACAAUCUACAACUUCCGUUGCAACAGGUGUGACACCUGCAGGUAUCAAUCAUUCCGAAAGUCAUCCAUCAGUUGUUCAUACAAAUAGCAAUCAACUUAUGAAUCCUACUCCUAAUCCAAGUUUGAUAAAUACGACAAGUACUCCUACUGGCGGAGUUAAUGUAUCUAUUGGAAACACUCCUGCUGCUCCUACUCCCGCCUCGGGAAUGCAAACUCCUACAAUACUAAAUAAGAAUACCAUUACUAAUAUCAAUAAAACUUUAAAGGCAAAACAAAAGGUUAUCCAUUCCAGAGAACCGCAUCCUAAAAACCCUACUUUAAUAUCCAAUAUCAUUAAUACUUCUCCUCAGUCAACCGUGUUUCCUAGCUUACCAGGAGCUAAUUCAUCAAAAGAUGGAGAUUCUAAUGUUAACCUAAUGAAGAAUAACAAUAGUGGAAAUAACCCUGUCAAUAAUAGCACUACCAAUACCGGAGAUUCAUCUGGUGGAAAUAAUAAUGGUAAUACCAAAACUGCGACAGAAGUAUCAAAGAUUACUAAUAGUGAUGGCUCAGUGAGUGCAUCAGACCCAUUAUCAACAGGUUCAAAUAAACUACCCCAAUCCCAGAAUGCACCUCAAAAUCAAACUUCAUCACAACCCCAACUUCCCCCACCACCAUCGGCGGCUAGUUUUAUGCUACAUCCAAAUAAUUCAUCUACUAAUAUGUCUACUUCUGGAAACAAACCUGAUACACUAGACUCCCAAUCAAAACCAAACAAGAAAAAGAUUUCGAAACAAACUUCUACCAAAACUGAUUUUUUUGCUGCGCGUUUGGCCAGUGCUGUUGACGAUAUAGAAAGCAGCGAUAGCGAUGAAACAUUUGUGUAUGAGAAUAAUGGUAAUGGGUUUGAUACAAACACCAAUAAUAUCGAUAAUGCAAGUGUUUCCGGAAGUAUAGCAGCAAGUGGGGUUGCUCCAGGCACAAUUAAUGGAUCUAUCACUGGUGGUGCACUUCGAACUCCAUCAAUCUUUGAAAAUGAACAACUCCUGCAUUACUAUGACAAUCCUAAACAAUCAAUGAAGUUAUCAUCCAAUAAAGCUCCAUCUAUUGCAAAUUCCAUCACCAGUAACAACAACAAUAAUUUGGAUUCCAUUCUUAAACGACCACCACAUUUGAGAGACCUGUCUGGAUAUUCUACCAAUGAUAAUGACCCUCGUACUUCGUUCCCGGCAGCUUUAACUGACAGAUUGGGUCCUUUGUCACCAACUAAUAUAGCGUACGAGAAUAUGCCAGAAUUUCAAAGAAACUCGAGUGUUACUCAUUCAAUUAACGAAGGUUAUAAUGAUGAUACAUUUUCAUAUAAUGAAGUAGACGAUGACUUGGUUGACGAUGAAUCAACAGAUGAUGGAGAGAUAGGAAGAAGCAAUAAUAAUACGCUUAUUGCCUCUUCAAACCAACAAUCUCAGCAACAGUCUCAAUCACAACAGACACAACCACAGUUACAGGCUCAGGCUUCAAUGCAACAUUUACAGGCACCUCCUUCUGUCACACCUUCAUUGUCUACUAAGAAUACAUCCAAGAAAAAUUACAAGUCAUCAACUUCAUCUUCUAAAUUAAGAUCUACUGCAUCCAAGUUAUUUGACAAGAAAGGAUCACAACCUAGAAGAUACAGUACAAUACCAGAUGAUAUAGACAUUGAAGAUUUGGAUGAGGAUGAGUUUAUGUAUUAUGAUAAUAAUGUUAGAUUCCCACCUAAUGAAUCGUCAUCAUUACUUAAGAGUCAAAGAAUUCCUCAUUAUAGAUCAUUGAAUUUGAAUUAUCCUAUUGUCAAACGUCAGAAUAAACGGUAUUUGUCUACUGGUCAACCAUUGGAAAGUUCAGAUCACGGAUCAGCCACCGAUGGAAACGUUGUUAACAACUCUGGCAAGAACAACAAUAUUGGUAAUAAUAAUAAUAAUGGAAAUAAUAACAAUAACGGCAAUAAUCGCGUAUUCCCAUUCCCAUAUCAAGAUCAACUGUAUAAUUAUUAUUAUGAUUAUGAUGAUUUUGACCAGGAAUCCCAAAGAUAUAGUCCUAAUUUUGAUUUACCUGAUUUGCCAUUGAAUAGGGCUACUUCUAGAAAUUUUGGUAAUAAUCCUAAUCAUCCAAAUCGUUUAGGAAAUAGUCAUUUCUUUUUGCCCCGAAAGACUGAUCAAAACAAUUCAAGAUCAAGUUUCUGUAAAUCUUGUAUCUAUAUGUUUAUUUCAUUAUUGAUGGUAUUAGUAGUUGGAUUCAUGUUUGGAUUCAUUUUGGCCACCACCAAGGAUUUGACAGAUGUUGGAAUCACAUCAAUUGAAAAUCCGAUUGUCAGUAAAGACGAAUUGGUGUUUAAUAUUGUUGUUGAAGCAUUUAAUCCAGGAUGGUUUUCUGUUGAUAUUAAUGAAGUAGAAUUAGAUUUAUUUGCAAGAAGUGGGUAUUUACCUGAUGAUGGUGAUGCUAAUGACGGUGGUGAGAUUAAGAUCGGUAGUAGUGGAUCACAGAAAGUAGAAACGGUGAAAUUAGGAAGUAUAUCAAACCUUGAAUCAACUAUGAAUUUCAAAGGAGGUAUUAUAUCUAGAGAACCAACUAUUCAAAAGGGAGAGAUUAAGUUGCUUUACCCUGGUAAGAAUAUAACCAUUGAGUCAUUACUGAAAAAUAAGAAUAAUGAAUCUGAUGAUAAUUCUAAAAAAUGGGAAAUUAUUUGUGCUAAUCCAUUUGAUUUAAUAAUCACAGGAAUUUUGAAAUAUGAUUUACCAUUUGCAAGAACAACUAGAUCAGUAGUGGUUAGAAAAACAGGUUAUAUUGAUCCUACAUUAUUUGUGAUACCGGGAGAUGAAUAA